UUGUUACAUCGUUUUAACACCACGACAUAUUCCCAAACCCCAAUUCAUCAUUUCUCUCUCUCUCUCUCUUUCUGUUUCUUCAGUUGUGAUCUGUUAGGUUUUCUUUUUUUUUUUUCCCCAAAUCUUUGAGAAUUAAUAUAUAUUUCAACUGAAAAAUGGCGGCUAAACGGCUUCUUGGUGAAUCUUGUUCCGACCCAGAUGAGCCAAAGGAGAAACGGAUGAGACCUAGACCUUCUUUUGCAUCUGUGAUUGGGGAAGCUGUUAUGGUGAAUUGCUUACGUUCGGCCUUGGAACCAGUCCUUAGAAGAGUGGUAAAUGAAGAAGUGGAGCGUAGUCUUCUACACCGGCUCCGUUCUUUCAGCAGGUCUCCAUCUCUUCGAAUCCAAGCACCGGAACCAUCAACCCUUCAGCUAAUUUUCCCUAAAGGCCUUUCCUUACCAAUCUUUACGGGAAGCAAGAUCAUGGAUGAAGAGAGCAACCAACUUCAGGUUCUUUUGGUUGAUACGAGGGGAGACCAAAUGGUUCCCGUACUUCUCCCAAACCCAAUUAAAGUAGAUAUUGUGGUUCUUGACGGGGACUUUCCAUCGGGGAACGGUAACGAUUGGACUAGUGAAGAAUUUGAUAGAAACAUUGUGAGGGAGAGAUCUGGGAAACGGCCCUUGCUCACCGGAGAGUUAGCAGUCACGGUGAGGGAGGGAGUUGCUUCGAUCGGAGAUAUUGAAUUUACGGAUAAUUCGAGCUGGAUUCGAAGCCGGAAGUUCAGAAUUGGUGCAAAAGUUGCACAAGGGGGUUUCCAAGGUGUUCGCAUUCGAGAAGCCAUGACUCGAGCUUUUGUUGUCAAAGACCAUCGUGGCGAAUUGUACAAGAAACAUCAUCCGCCAAUGUUGGGAGAUGAAGUUUGGCGACUAGAAAAGAUUGGAAAGGAUGGAGCGUUCCAUAAAAAGCUAUCAUCUGAGGGCGUUAACACUGUCCAAGAUUUCUUGAAAUUGUUGGUUGUAGAUCCAGCCAAGCUUAGAAGGAUUUUAGGCCCUGGAAUGUCUGAAAAAAUGUGGGAUGUAACAAGCAAGCACGCGAAAACUUGUGUUAUGGGCAACAAACAGUAUGUUUUUCGAGGCUCGAAUUACACGAUCUUUUUAAAUCCCAUUUGCCAACUCAUUAGAGCUGAGAUUAAUGGGAGUGUAUAUCCUACUCACAACCUGAAUAGUCUUAACAGAGCAUAUCUUGAAAAUUUGGUCAGACAAGCAUAUGUAAAUUGGUCUUCCUUGGAAGAGAUAGAAGGAAUUUCCAAUGAGAUCGGGCUGCUCACACAAGGUGAUCAUAUGGUAGAUCAAUAUCCUAAUCAUCAACAAAUCAUGGUGAGAUCAUUUCAACAAAAUGCAUAUUUGACAGAUGGUUCAAUUGAGGGAUACAUGCCAAGCGAAAUGCAAGCAGAUGGCUGUAAUUGGCAAACAAGUCAGACUUAUUUUAGUGCUCCAAACGGAAAUGGAAUCAGGUUGAACAUCUUGGAGUCGAAUUCGGAUGAUGAUUUGACAUCUCCAAGAUCCUUCAUCACAGGAGGUUAAUGGUGAAUUAUGCAUCAAUGCAUAGAAGCAAACAAGGCCAUCAGUGAAAUGUUGUGAUAUAUCAUCUUUAGGCGAUUAACUGUUUAAGCAUUUAGCACAAAUGUAGGAAGAUAAGGUGCAAAUGCAAUUUGCCUUUUCCUUUUUCCCCCUUCUUUCCAAAUUCUAUGUUUCUAAGCGACUGUAUACUUCUUGUAAAUAAGUAAUCACAAGGGAACAUCCAGCGCAGAAGAGGCAUAGUGAAAAUGUCCUUGAAGCAUUUCCAAAUUGAAUUUUCCUAGUUUCUUUAUCAUUGAUGCCACAUGCUGAGCCUAUUUAUUUACCAGAUAAAAAAAAAAAAAAAAAACUAAUUUCGGCAAAGUUCAAAGGCCUGUUUAAAAAUGUUCUGCCCAUGCAUGAAAUUUGAAAGACAAAAUGCGCUGGCCCAAGCUUCCUUUCCUCAUUUUCAAGGCUCUGAUCCACGCUUUACGGAGAAGCCCAAGUUUCCAGCUUGUGCUCACCUGCACAGCCCAAUUUCUCCUUUUGAAAACUUUCAUCAGGAUUCUAGAUGCAAUUAAA